GCCUGGGGGAGGGGCCGCGGCCACCGUCCGGCGCCCGAGGCGGCCGCCGCUGCAGCCCCGUGGCGUCCGCCGCGCUCUGGGACUCGCCGGCCCGCGGGAGAAAUUUUGCUGAAGUGCUGCUGAAAGGGCCAGAGAUGCAAGGAUUUGGGACACAUUUUGAACCUUUAAGCUGUCUGACAUUGACCUCCUUUCAUUAUUAAUAAAGAAGAAGCAGGAGCUUAGGAUGUAUUAACACCAACUCAUUAAUAUACUAACUGGACAAUGUUCUGCAACAAUUCUACAUUGUAAAGAACUGGAUUGGCACAAAAUAAAAUAAUUUCAAUUUUACUCAACUUAUAAUAUGACUCGAUGGAGGAAAAUUUGAUAAGCAUGAGGGAAGACCAUUCUUUUCAUGUUCGUUACAGAAUGGAAGCUUCUUGCCUAGAACUGGCCUUGGAAGGGGAACGUCUGUGUAAAUCAGGAGACUGCCGUGCUGGUGUGUCAUUCUUUGAAGCUGCAGUUCAAGUUGGAACUGAAGACCUAAAAACACUUAGUGCUAUUUACAGCCAGCUGGGCAAUGCUUAUUUCUAUCUGCAUGAUUAUGCCAAAGCAUUGGAAUACCAUCAUCAUGAUUUAACUCUUGCAAGGACUAUUGGAGACCAGCUGGGGGAAGCCAAAGCUAGUGGUAAUCUGGGAAACACUUUAAAAGUUCUUGGGAAUUUUGAUGAAGCUGUAGUUUGUUGUCAGCGACAUCUAGAUAUUUCUAGAGAGCUUAAUGACAAGGUGGGAGAAGCAAGAGCACUUUACAAUCUUGGAAAUGUGUAUCAUGCCAAAGGGAAAAGUUUUGGUUGCCCUGGUCCUCAGGACAUAGGAGAAUUUCCAGAAGAAGUGAGAAAUGCCCUGCAGGCAGCUGUGGAUUAUUAUGAGGAAAAUCUAUCACUAGUGACUGCUUUGGGUGAUCGAGCAGCCCAAGGACGUGCCUUUGGAAAUCUUGGAAACACACAUUACCUCCUUGGCAACUUCAGGGAUGCAGUUAUAGCUCAUGAGCAGCGUCUCCUUAUUGCAAAAGAAUUUGGAGAUAAAGCAGCUGAAAGAAGAGCAUAUAGCAACCUUGGAAAUGCAUAUAUAUUUCUUGGUGAAUUUGAAACUGCCUCUGAAUACUACAAAAAGACACUACUAUUGGCUCGACAGCUUAAAGACAGAGCUGUGGAAGCACAGUCUUGUUAUAGUCUUGGAAACACGUAUACUUUGCUUCAAGACUAUGAAAAAGCCAUUGAUUAUCAUCUGAAGCACUUAGCAAUUGCUCAAGAGCUAAAUGAUAGAAUUGGUGAAGGAAGAGCAUGUUGGAGCUUAGGAAAUGCGUACACUGCUCUAGGGAAUCAUGAUCAAGCAAUGCAUUUUGCUGAAAAGCACUUGGAAAUUUCAAGAGAGGUUGGGGAUAGAAGUGGUGAACUAACAGCACGACUGAAUCUCUCAGAUCUUCAAAUGGUUCUUGGUCUAAGCUACAGCACAAAUAAUUCAAUAAUGUCUGAAAAUAUUGAAAUUGAUAACAGCUUGCAUGGUGCACGCCCCAAGUUUGGACGCCGACACAGUAUGGAAAACAUGGAACUUAUGAAGUUAACACCAGAAAAGGUACAGAACUGGAACAGUGAAAUUCUUGCUAAACAAAAGCCUCUUAUUGCCAAACCUUCUGCAAAGUUGCUCUUUGUCAACAGAUUAAAGGGGAAAAAGUGCAAAACUAAUUCCUCCACUAAAGUUCUCCAGGAUGCCAGUAAUUCCAUUGAUCGCCGAAUUCCAAAUUCUCAGAGGAAAGUCAGUACAGAUACUAUUGGAGAUGAAGGGUUCUUUGACCUGGUAAGCCGAUUUCAGAGCAAUCGGAUGGAUGAUCAGAGGUGCUGUUUACAGGAACAGAGCUGUGGGCCAGCUUCAACUGCAGCGUCUUCCACUCCCCCUAGAGUGAUGCUUAAAACACCAUCUGUUUCCAUGGUGUCCCCCAACACGGAUGAGUUUUUAGACCUUCUUGCCAGCUCACAGAGCCGCCGUCUUGAUGACCAAAGGGCCAGUUUCAGUAAUUUGCCAGGGCUUCGUCUAACACAAAACAACAAUAAGUCUGUACUUGGCCACCUGAUGACUAAUGACAACAAAGAGCCUGAUGAAGAUUUCUUUGACAUCCUUGUAAAAUGUCAAGGGUCCAGAUUAGAUGAUCAAAGAUGUGCUCCACCACCUGCCACUACAAAGGGACCAACAGUACCAGAUGAGGACUUUUUUAGCUUGAUUUUACGUUCUCAGGCGAAAAGAAUGGAUGAACAGAGAGUUCUUUUACAAAGAGAUCAAAACCGAGACACUGAAUUUGGACUGAAGGACCUUUUGCAAAGUAAAGCAUUGUUGGAAUUUAAAAAUACGGGGAAAAAAUAAGCAAACCACUAGUUCUUUAAAAACGAUCUUCCUUUCAGAACACAGCAAAGAAAUUCAAUUUAUGUUUCCUUAAAUGGAGAAAUUAUAGCACUGUAAUACAGCUUAACAUGCUCUAGAAUGAUGUAAAUAUUUAAUCUUUAAUAGUGUAUUAACAUUCCUCUGGACACAGACUUGUUUCGGGGUGGAGGGGUCUGAUCAAAGGUGCUUCAUCAACUUUUGUGGUUAAGGCUCAGGAUUGUGUUUUUUGGCAACUUGUUAGAUUCGUUUACCUAGCGCUUGAAAAGUAGGAAGGUAAAUGAAUCUAGAGUUUAAUCCUCAUGCUAAUUCUUUAAAAUCUUAAUGGACAAGGGCGUUUUUAAUACUGAACUAUGAAGGUAGUGAGAAAUUAUGCUAUUUAGUGAAAGUAACAUACUUGCCCAAUGUGUAAAAAAAAAAAAAUCUUAUUAAAAAUCUAGAUCUUUUUUUUCUGCUAAGAAAGUCGUAUUUUCAAUGUUACUAGAUGAGAGCCAUUUAUAACAACUCUUAAAUAAACUUCUAGCAUGUUUUGGGCCCUUUAUUUUUAAAGUGUGUGUGGCUUAGAACUAUAUCAAAAUACUGCUGUUAAAUUUUUUAAGACCUAAUGUCAAAAAAACACCACAACCUCAAAACUCAUGUAGUUGUAUCAAGAACGUAGGCCAUGAAAAUAGAAAACAGAUGAAAACUCAAAAUUUAAUUAUGGAAGAUGGAGGUUGUCCUCAGUCAUCAUUAAGCCUUCCCCUCCUCCCAGGCACUGAAGUAGUUUACAAGCGUAAACUAGGACGUGACAUAAAGUAAGCUUAGCAAAAGAUGACAGCAGGGAUGGGACACAGCAGGCAGGGCCUUAGUCUCAGGGAGACUUCUGGAACGCAGAUGCUCACACCCCAGAACAAGUUGGCAACUCAUUCACCAUUGGUUGCUUCUGACUGCAUAGCUGGGAUGGGCUCUGGGGCUCUGUUCUUUCUAAAAAUCCUUCAGGGACUUGGUGGGCAGUGAGAACCACUUCUCCAAAUGGCCAGGUUCACAAAAAUAGUUACUCUGUCUGGAAUCACAUUAAAGGCUCAGGAAGAAAGAGAUUAUUCUUGGUUCUAAGAUCAGAUUUUGUCAAAAGUACUCAGUGAACACCUGGAUCAUGUGAUGCUUUAGGGAUUAUAUAUAGGACAUAACGUCCUAGAUAGCAUCCUUUUAAAAACCCUCAUUUCAUGGGGGCUUUUUCUUAGAAGCAUAUUCAAUGAGCAAAGACAGCACACGAACCAUAAUAAUGUAAAAAUAAGUGUUUAUUUUGUGUAUACGGUUCUUAGACCCUGUAAACAUUCCACAUUAUCUAUUCCAUUUAAGAACUGCUUUUAUUUUUUUUUUUAUUUUUUAUUUUUUUUAAGAACUGCUUUUAAAAAGCUGUCUAACCUAUUGUGAUUUUCCAAAAAGCCUGCUGCUAAAAUCCUUGAUUUUAAUAAUAAAUAUGGGCUGGACAAUAAACAAUUCUAUUCGA